GAUUGAAGAAAAAGUUUGGGAAUUCCCACCGGAUAUCUACUUUCUUUAUCGGGAAAAAGACGUCAUCCUCAAAAUGGAAAGUAAGAAGUUAAGAGGGACAGAACAUUAUGUAUACAGUGUUGAAGACCUUAUUGGAAAGGGGGCAACAUGUGAAGUAUUUAAAGGGAUUCAUAAGGUCACAGGUGAAGUUCAUGCAUUAAAGAUAUUUGAGCGCAGGUUAGGGGGCGUAGCACAGAGAGAGAUUGAGGCACUGAAAACACUGAAUCAUGAAAAUAUUGUGGCUUUCAUGGGGCAGGAAGUUGAUAAAGAUACAAACCGAGUGGUGGCUGUCAUGGAGUACUGUGAAAAAAGUCUGUACAUGGCUUUGUGUGAAUCCGAGAAUAGAUACGGUCUAACAGAGGACGAGUUUAUUCGGUUUUUCAAGCAUACAGUUGAAGGAAUGAAACAUCUACGAGAACAUGGUUUCCUCCAUAGAGAUAUUAAACCAGGAAAUAUACUUAUAGCACAGGACCAAGAUGGUAGCAAUAUUUACAAACUUUCUGACUUUGGAACAGCAAAGCCAGUCCUUGAAACAGAAGCUUUUCAGUCCUUAGUCGGAACAGAAGAAUAUCUUCAUCCAAACAUAUUCCGAGCAGCUUUUAUUGAUCAAGGCAUGUCAAGAGAGUUUGAUGCUGCUUCUGACCUUUGGAGUCUGGGUGCAACCCUUUACCAUACUGUCACUGGCCGAGUUCCCUUCGUGCCAUACCAGGGAAGAAACAACAAAGCAUUGAUGUUUAAGAUGAUAGCACACAAACAGUUUGGAGUGAUAGCGGGAGAACAAAGAACUCAGAAUGGUGAUGUAAUAUGGUCCACUGACUUACCUUCAACUUGUAGAAUGUCAAGAUGGCUGAAAGAUGCACUGACCGAGAUUCUGUGCCGUCUGCUUGAAAGUGACCCAAAAAGGGCAAUGACCUUUGAAACAUUUUUCAUGGCAGCUGGAGAUAUAUUGAGUCGACAUAUAGUUUAUGUUUUUUCGACAACCUCAGCAAGACACUUCAGACUUUAUUUACAAAAGGAAUGUGUGUUUUCUGAUGUACAGCAAGAAAUAUUUAUAGAAACAAACAUUCCACCAAGGGACCAACUGAUAAACUAUGAAGAAUGUCUGCUCAGGGAUAUUAUAUCAGAAACAGAUACCGUCAGUCAAUAUCCAAAGAUGAGUUUGGCCACACCCCUGGUUCUGGUUCGAUCAACGGAAGUAGAGCAGUGUAUCAUGCCUGAUGAAAAGAACUUCUGGUACAAUGAGAACCUUUCUGUAUGUACCCCGACUUUCACAGAGUCUGUGUGGAACUUGGAUGAGGAUUACAGAUUGGCCAAGUCAGUCUGUGACAGUAUAGCUCUCAUACAGUCAUACAUUGAGCAGGGUUGUCUGACACAAGACCUCUUUGAGAAAACAAUCAACAGGACAGAGCGCUGGAAGGAGGUGUUGAUAAAUCGACUACAGACAGAGGUGAAUUUGUACCGUGACCGAGUUAAGGAUUUGCGUCACAUUCACCGAGCAAUAAUGGAAAACGGAGCCGUACAAUGUGUUACAACUACAGCUGGACUCUCAAUAGAGCAUCCUAAGGCAAGGAUAAGUAAUUGCCUAGCUUAUAUGGACACCAUUAAGAACAUGAAAACAGACAGAGGGUAUAAGCUGUACAUGAGCGGGUGUGUGGAUGGUAACAAAUGUCAAAAGAAAAUCAGUAGGCUAUUACAACAAGCUAAAGAUAAGAGAGGAAUUAUGGAGAGCAGGAAAAAAAGAAGGUCGCUACAGUACCACGAAGAGCAGUUACAUCGGUUUGACAGGAAGGAAUUGAUAAAGUUACAUAAUGCAGCACUUAAAUUGUGGUCAGCACACUGUCAGAUUAAAUUGAAGGCUGUACAUGAACACUUUCUAUCAUGGCAUAGGUCAUUCGCUCAGCUUCAGACACAGAUGGAAGCCUUACAAAAAGAAAUCAAAGUAACCAAAUCUACCAUCAAAAAGUAUGUGAUGAAUUUCAAGGUAAGCUCAGAACCGACUUCUCUUAUGAGUACCAGUUCAAGCCUAGCCCUUGAUGAACUGAGCACUUUGGAAACAGAUGGAAACAGAAGAUUGGAUGUUGUAAAGACCGAACAACAAGAAGUGAAGAGAAUCGUGAGUGAAAAUAGAGAAAUUCAUAACAGAAGCAUGCAGAUGAUGUCACUUGAUGAUGGUUUAACAGAUUUCCCAACCCUUACCAGUACUGAGUCAGGGCAGUCAUCAGACUCUAAAUAGCUGAAGUAGUAAUCAGACAAGAUUUAUAAUGAGCAGUAAUGUGAUGGAGUGCAACAGUCAGUAGUGAUAAUAAAGUAGUAAUGUGAAGGUGUUGUACAGACAAGAUUUAUAAUGAGAAGUAAUGUGAUUGAGUGUAACAGUCAGUUGUGAUAAUUAGAAGAAAUGCUGUAUAAAAGUGUUAAAGAAAUGUGAUUUGUUUUAUGUGCAGUGUAACUGUGUUAUGAUUUUACAAAAGAAAUGUAGACAUAAAUUAUAAUAGCUAGGUUUGACAUUGUGUUGGAUGAUUGACAGACAAAGUGUGAACUAGUGGACUAGAUUUGUUGAAAUAUACUAUAGUCAAGAGUGUCAUAAUUAUUUGUCUUUCCAAGGAACCUUAAGAAUAAGUUCAACAUAUAACAGGGAAUCCCCUAAUACAGUAUCAAAGACAGAUGAUAAGUUCUUCUUAGCAUAAGAUAUACUAUUGUGUAACUGUAUGAAUGAGUUAUAUUUAACCAAUUUGCUGUAAACAUAGAUCUAUUAAUAUAAUCUUUAUAUUUCUGAUUUAUUGAUUAAUAUGAAUUCUUCCAUGUAUUUUAUGUAAUAGACUACAAAUUUAUAUUAUGUUAUUGUUUGUAAACCACUUUUUUUUAAUGAAACAUUGUAUUUGUAUUUUUACUGUUUCAACUACACUUUAAGUAAAGUUAUAUCAUAAAUGCAUAAUUAACAUUUCUUUGUUGGAGACAUGACAAAUACAUACUGUUUAGAUUUUUGUUAUUUUGUUAAUUUUAGAUUAAAUUCCAAUAAAUUCUGUUUUAAAAUUUUACAUAGAUCUCCAAUCCCACAAAUAUUAUUAAGGUCUAUUAGUUAAAUCAAAGUGUAGAUUUUUAAAACAUAUUAUUCCUACUUUGUAUUGUGGUACUAAUAGGUUAUGCUCUUAGCCAAGAAUUAAUAGAUAGAUUGAUAGAUAAUUUAUUGACGUAUACAUUUAGUACAUAGUCAUUUCACACACAUUUGUAUAGUAUAAUUAAAACACAAUAUCAUGGUACAUGAACAAAAGUUUUAGCACAAAAUAUUCAGUUUACAUAUUAAUCAUAAUAGCUGUUGAUGACAUAACAUUAUGUUAAGAAUUAAAUGUUAUUAGAGCUAAUUCAGUGCAAAACAUAUUGAUGAUACCUCUAUAUUGGUUGACAAAUAUUGGCGAUACACCAAUAUAUCGAUAAAUACUAUUAUUUCCAUGUACGUGUAUAUUAAACUUUUUCAUACCUGUUUAAAUGAUUUUAAUAAAAUAAAUGUUCUGUUCAUGCAAAAAUGUUGUGUCCCGUCUUAAAUGGACCUUUGCAUGAUUUUUUCUGACUUAUAUUUUGUCGUCACUUCUAUGGAAUAUGUCCAUUAUGAAACAACAGCUUAGUGUUAGACAUGGCCACUUGCAUUUAUAUAUGUUUUAAGUGAAUUUUCAUAAUUUAUAGACUUUUAAAUAAUUUAAUAAUUAAAUUGAUUUAUAAAAAUAAUCAAUUGUUUCAAAUGCAUAUCGAUUAUUGAUUGACAGAAAAGUGUUAGCGAUACAUCGAUGUAGUCUCUAUCGAUGACAGCUCUAAAUGUUAUACAUGAAUAACAUUCAUACCUAUAUUAAAUCUCAUAUAAUACGAACAUAAUUACAUGGUUAACAAAGAAUUUUAAGCAUUUUGUAAAAAUAUCUCUUACAUUUCAACAUUUUCUGUAGUUAGUAAACAUUAGAUUACAUCUGUCAAAAAUAAUUCCUGAACAAUAAUUAAGCCUGGAAUUUAUUGUAAAUGAGAAGCUUUAUACAUUUAUGUAUAUGAUUUUACUUGCAUUAAUAGUAUUUUUAACAGAGUCUAAAGUUAUAGUCAUUGAAUUUAAGAUUUUUAAUUUACUGGCCCGAUUUCCAGUUUUGAAUUUAUUCUACUAUAUAUUGAAGUUAUUUUAACUAAAUUUUCUUAAAAUUUACACUGGCCCGAACUAAUUUACACUGGCCAUGGGCCACCAGGCCAGUGCUUAAUUUGUUGACUGCUAAAGUCACAAGUGAAAUAAACUUUUUGUUUUGUAGGCUUAAAUGGCAAAAAUAAGGACUAAAAUAGGUUUUUCAUAAAUCAUUAUAUUUUGGUUCACUGGGAGAAAAUGAUACUCGUUUUCUAUUACAUUCAUAUUACAUUUGUUACAUAUUUGUUCAUUUUUUAGAAUAAAUAGUUGUAUCCCUUUUUCAGUCAUUAAAUCAUGAGAUGAUAGUGGAAAUCAUGUUAAUGCUAUUAUAAAUUUAUUGUUUUGUAUUAAAUCUAGGUAUCAUUCUAAUGAUAAUUAAUUCUUGUACAAGGUAUAAGCUAGACUGUACAUAAUCUGUUUAAUGUUCUUAUUUCCGCAGCUCAAGAUUGUUUAUAUAUAUCUAUUAUUCUUUGUUUGAUUGUUUUUAGUGAUAAUAUGAUUUCUGCAUUAUGUGAUAACCAAAUAAUUAUUUGACAUACAUAUUUCAUCUAAAAUUUGUUGAACAUGUCUGACCAAAUCAAGGUCAUUUAAUCAUUAUAGAUACAUAUGUAUUUCCAUUGUCAAUAUCAUCAUUACCAUAAAUAUAUUGUACAUCCGUUUAUCACAUACCCAUGCCAAAUUUGCAACUCUGUAAAAAUGGUAUUGCACGGCCAUGCAUAUGUUUUUAUGUGACAUCAUUUAUGUUAUACAAACAUAGUGUACAAAUGCAUUAAAUUUGUUAGUGUUACACUGUAGGCAUCUAUUAAAAAAGGAUUCUUUUGCACUUUAAACAGUCUUUAUUUUGGGUAAGUGAUAAAUAGAAUAUUAUAUUCGUGUAGCUUCAUUGCUGAUUUUUUAAAACUUUUUAAAUAAAACAAUAUUUUGCUUGCCAAGGGCUCGCAUAAUAUAGAUUUAUACGACUUGUGUAAUAAAUUUAGUAUUGAAUCUACACUCAUUUGAUAUCCUCUAUUUAAUUAAUGUAUUAUCAGCAGACUUAAGUAUUUUUAUCCAAUAUUUAAUUAAAUUAAAUUAACGUUGUCAUGCCAUAGUAUAUCUUUCUAGUUCUCUAUAUA